GGGAGUGUCGGUCGGAAAUGCCCGGUCUAGAAAACACAAUUUCCCAGAAAGCUUUGCGAUUAGAAAAAAAAACAAAAAUGGCGACACAGCUUGGUGUUUCAGGACGUGAUAUGAAUUGUGAAACGUACAACAGAUGAAGUAAAGAUAAAGGAGCGACAACCAGCACGGCACUGCAGACAAUCUUCCACUGCGGGUCAACUCCAACACGCGCAGCUGUCUCGUGGGUGAAUCACCGGACUACAAUGCCUUCUCCUAAAGCCAAGAACCCCGGUCGCAGCGGCGGCAGCCCGGUGCUCGGCAGCUCCAACGGCCGCUACGAGUUCAUGUCUCUGACGAAGCCGCUGAACCGGUCCUCCCCGCCGCACCUCCUCCAGCGGCAGGGCUCCGACCCCACCACCGCCCGCCUCCGAGCCUCGGAGAGCCCCACUCGGCGCCGGGGCUCCAGCUCCUCCACGGGCUCGGCGGGGCUGCCGGAGGAGGACGGUAUCCGGCUCAACCCCUCCUUCGUCCGGGUAGCGCUCAGCUCGCUUCUCGCCAUCGACCUGUGGAUGUCCAAGCGGCUGGGGGUGUGCGCCUGCGAGGACUCGUCCUGGGGCAGUGUGCGCCCCUUAAUGAAGCUGAUAGAGAUCUCGGGACAUGGCAUCCCCUGGCUGGCUGGGACCGCCUACUGUCUCUACAAGAGUGACAGCGCUGCAGGACAAGAAGUCAUGUUGAACCUUCUCAUGGGCCUGCUGCUGGACCUGGUCCUGGUCACCAUCGUGAAGGCGGUGGUGCGUCGGCGUCGGCCGGCACAUAACCGAAUGGACAUGUUUGCCACCUUUUCCGUGGACCGCUACUCCUUCCCUUCAGGCCACGCCACCCGCGCCGCCAUGUGUGGGCGCUUCCUGCUGGCUCACCUGGUGCUGGCCGCCCCGCUGAGGGUCCUGGUCCUGCUGUGGGCCAGCCUGGUGGGGCUGAGCCGGGUGCUGCUGGGCCGGCACAACGUGACGGACGUGAUGUUUGGCUUCUGGAUGGGCUACUGCCAGUAUAACCUGGUGGAGAUGCUGUGGCUCUCACCUCAAACCCUGCAAGGGCUGCUGGGACAGUUAGCUUAAUAUUAACGAUUGAAGGAGGAGGAGACGGGGUGAUUUGAAUCUUAAUUGUCAGAGCACCUGCACACCUUUUGUCUUUUAGACUGAUCUAGAAGACAAAAUUGUCUUUUGGCUAGAGAAGAGAGCUCCAUCAAACACGGCUUUGUUCUGCUGUUAUCCGACACCACAAAAGCCCUCUUUCAUGUCUCGCUUUAAGGUUGCAAUGACUAGCCUGCGUGUAAAUAUAGUACAGGAUUUUUAAUGAGAAUAGACGAGGAGAAACAGAUUACCUUAGGAAGCCACCUCACUCCCCCUACUGGUCUGAUUCACACAAAAAACAUCCACCUUUGUGGGUUUAAGGAUCAUUUUCCAACACAAAGUGAGGAGAAGAGGUGUGCAGGGACCCUCUUCUCUCAUUGUCACAUUUACAUUUACAUUUAUUCAUUUAUCCAAAGCGACUUACAGGAAGAAUAAAAGCAAAAAAUCAAGGUAUAGUGCAAUAGAUGAAAUGGUGUAAUGAGGCUGAAGACUGACUUGCUGUACAAUACAUUCGUCCAUUACAGGAAGCAAAGCGACAUACUAAAUGGACUCGAGCACUAGAUAGUAGGGGGGUACUUACUAUAUCUUUACAUGGUCUUUGUAAAGGAAUGAAGGAUUAGUCCACACACUAAACAUUACCUGCUGAGCUGAAGAAAAAUAAUAACCAAUUGUGGUAACGCUUUAUAUUAAGGUCCUUGUAAUAACCAUUAAUUAACAAGUAAUAAGGCCCUUGUAAGUCCUGACAAGAUGCUUAUUUUUUUUUUUUUAACAAUAUUUUUAUUAGUUUUCAAGUUUUACAAUACAAUUCAAACAAACAAAAGUAAAUGAUAACAAACAUAAAGAAUGCAGAGCAGAACCCAAACCUUCAUACACACACCCAUUCACACCAGGUAGAUUUGCACGAAAUUAUAUAGGCCUAUGUAUACAUACAAGCACACAUACACACACAUGUAUGCAUUGUACACGUAUGCAUAUCUAAACAACAUGUACAUACGUAUAUUCUUAUAAACACAACCAUAUACAUACUUAUACAUACAUGUAAACAUAUACACAUAAUAAUAAUAAAGAUAAUUUAAAUUUUAUGACCCUAUUUUCCAGAUGCUAUAAUGUUCAGAUAUGGUUCCCACAAUUGUACAAAUUCCUUCAGCUUUCCUUUGUACAAGAUGCUUAUUAACAUUAUUGUGUGUUUAUAAGCUUAUAUAAGUGUUAAUAAUGACAUUACAAACACCCAUGACCCACCCAUUAUGUCUUUACCAUGCCUUUAUUAAUCUUAUUUUGUUUGCUUAUUGAUAUUAAAAUAGACUUUAUUGCUCAUCUAUUAUAAGUUAACUAUAAGUUAACUAUGCUUUUUGCAACUACCGGAUCUAAAGCGAGAACAAUGCCUUAUUACUUGGUAAUUAAUGGUUAUUAAGGACCUUAUUAUAAAGGGUUACCCUAAUUGUUGUCAUCUUUGAUGUUAAACAAAUCACAGAUGUGUCGUUUUUACUGAAUUUACACUACAUGGAGAGGUCUUUCAUUCACUUAGCGGUCCACCUUAUUAAAGCUGGGGCAGGAACAAACAACGCUAGAAUUUGACAAUACAGCUCUCCUCUCUCUGUCCUAAGCCCCGCCCACCAAAUGAGCACAGGCAUAUGCUUGCUCUUCAAACAGUAACCUGUACUAGUUAAUCAUUUCAGAAAUUAUCCUGACAACGUUAUAUAUUACAGAAAUUCUGUGACAAUUACUUUCCUGUUUGCUUUGCAGAGUUUUGCGAUGACAAACUGUGAUUCGAGGCUCAAGCUAGCUACAUAAACAUUAACUUAAAUUGGCUACAAUUAGCAGAAGACUAAACUGUUAGCAGCAUAUUCUCUCCAUCUCGGAAUAGGGUCGUCACGAUACUAAAAUGUUCAACUCGAUACUGAUACUCAGGAAAAUAUUCGAUACUCGAUACCAUUUUCGAUACCACAAGGAUAAAAACAAACAAAACUAAUUUAACAGAAAUAUUUUUAACAACAAGAAAAAUGCAACAUGUAAAAAUUAACAGAACCACAGGUUAAAUAUUUAUAAUAAAAAACAGUUGUGCAAAAAGAAACUGCAACUAUGAUAACAAGCUUCAGGUCUGAGGUAGUGCAGAAAAUAAAUAAAUACAACAACAAUUAGAACAUUAUUUUCGGCUGUGUGUGUUGCUGUUUGGUUGCAGGUCGACUUUUCUCUGCUUCAUUCUGGGACUUCAAGAGAGAAAAUAACACUUUUCAGUCACCGACAUUUAUGUAAACUUAUUAUCGAUCAUUUUGAAAAUGAGUAUCGUAUCCGGAUACAACGUUUUAGUAUCGAUACUUUUUUGAGUAUCAAUACUUUUGACAACCCUAACUCGGAAACACUUAACACGUUUAAAACACGCUCGGAAACACUUUGCUGAUAUUGACUCAUGUUUUUAUUGCGUUUAUUAUCUGACUCCCUGCCUGAGGGGUCCAUCUUCCUUUCUUUGGCUUGCACUGCAGUGUAGGCAGCUCUUGCUAAUACUGAAAUAACAACUUUUUCCGCAAGAUUUCCUGCCACGGAACCAGGCUUUCAAGAUCUCAAAUGAGGCACACGUGUAUUUGUAGAACAGCCAAUAGGAAUGCUCUCUCUGAUGUGUGAUUGGCCAAAGUCUCCUGUCACAGGCUACAUUCUCUAAAGCCCGAAAACAACCAAGAGAGAAGGUGCAGAACUCCAGUUUACCAGAAACUCACGGUUUUUGUGAUUUUUUUCCCCCCGCAAUGCCGCAAAACAAAUCUGCCUACCUCAGCUUUAAGCGUGGUAUAAAGUGUGGCUGAGCCUUCAGCUCCGGGUUGGGAAGUGUGUGUACAUACCUGAAAUUUAUGUAAUUCAGUCACUGGCGCUGACUGAGGAUGAUAUUAGUUAAUGUGGUCAUGACCCAGUCUUUAAAUCUACAGUACAGGCCAAAAGUUUGGACACACCUUCUCAUUCAAUGUUUUUCCUUUAUUUUCAUGACUAUUGACAUUGUAGAUUCAUCAAAACUAUUAAUGAACACAUGUGGAAUUAUGUACUUAACAAAAAAGUGUGAAAUAACUG